GGGCAUAUCUAGUUCUGAUUUUGUACGAGAUGCAGAUUGCUAACAUAGAAGAACAAAUCAUUGCUCUAGUAUUCUUCAAGGUUUGACGAUUGUUUACCAAAUACCAUCUAGGUGCCUAUAGACUUGUGUGCAACGCCGUGGCAGUUCUUUAACAUGCAAGCUUGUCGGUGGCAACCACAAUAGGCGCAUUUUAAACCACAACGGACCCCUACUUUGACAAUAUCCAAAGGCUGGGAAGCACAUAACGAGCACUAUCGUCAGUGUUUAAGCUUCCCACCUAGGUAUGCCCUUCCUAGCUUAUACCUAAGGUACCUAGCAAGCUGAGUGGCACGGUAGUGCUUUCGCCUUAUAAAUACGAGCCGCUCCCCCCCUCUCUCUCUCGCUCUCUCUUGCUUUCGAGGUUUUCCUGCAUUUCUUCCCAUUCUUCCCUCUUGCACCUUCCUUGGAAUACCUACUUUCAAGCGGUCCAUACCAGAUGUCUGUCUUCAUUUGACAGCAUAAAUGCCUUAUUUACCUGGACAAGGUGCCAAUACAAGCUACAAGAUGAGUGGACAAUCUUAUUACAUACCUGCAACACCAACCGAGGACGCCAUCGCAGAAAAAAAUCACAACUCUGAACAGGCACCGACCAUGGGAGGACCUACCCCAUCUCCGAGGAGCAGAAGUCGGAGCAAGUCGUCUGUCUCUGUCAACGGCAACUCUAGGCUUAGUGGCCCCUUGAACGACCCCUUCCAAAUGUUCAUGGAGAGUUUUGCGGGCCAUGCCGGCGGUUCUCGGGUUUCUUUGGCGAAAAAGUCGUCCGAGUCAAGAGGAAUUGCCGGACGCUAUCCCGAGUUCUUUGAGGGAGAAGUCUGUCGUGCUCAGCUCAAGACGUUUCUGGCCGACCAGCCGCCCGACGCAUGGGAUCAUGGUUGGGUGGAGAUCAAGAGCGACGGUACUGCGACUUUUGCUUCGAAGCGCCAAAUGCACGUUUGCAGACAGCUAGUCAAGCUCAUCGUCCUCUCGCAUCUUCUCGUCUUCAACUCGAACCGUCUCCUCACCCAGGCGCUUCGGGACAUGCUGCCGCUGGAGGUCGACUCUGCCUUGUUCAAUCAGGUACGAAACGAGGCGUACGCUCUUUUCAGCAAGUACGAGGACGAGUUUCUCUGGGAAGGUAGCUACCAACUGGUCAACAACAUGCUGGACCGUCAUGGCCAUGCUGUGACGGGCGACUUCCGCCUUGACCCCGAAGUUUGGGAGCGCACCGCCGAGAACCUCAUUCACACAGAGCAGUUCCUGCUGGACACAUUCACCAAGGAACUCUGGCUUCAACACUUUGACAUGUUCGAGGAUCUCGCCGACUGGGACGCUGUGUUUGAGGACCGCAACGCCAUGCCCUUCUUCUUCAUCAGCACCCUCUAUACCACGAUCUGCUUUGAGAUGGUCGAGGUGGUCCUCAGUGAGCGCCGCAUGAACCCGGCCGAGCCGGAGGAGGUCAUGACCAACACCGAGGCCAAGGACAAUGAGGUGCUGGCAGCAGCCGCCACACGCGACACGAUGCGCUGGAACACAGACCCGGAGGGACGGGCGCACAUGCACUGCUUCCUCGAGAUGAUGGGCGCGCACCCGGACUUUUUUGACGUGGAGCUGGACUUGUUCCCGUGGAUCCAAUGGAAGGAGCCCUCAACAGAUGCACUGCUCAUGGAAAUCGCCAAGAAGACAAUGCGCCACCGCUACGUCAAGAAGAAUGUGCCCAGGGCCCCCAAGAGGGAUACCCACAUCAAGAUUUCGGAAGCCAUGCAGGUCGACUGAGGUGGUGUCGUACAACCUGCUCUAUUUGACCUGACGCAGGUGUCAAGUCUUUCUCGAGAACCGAGAGCUCAACUAUGGGAUGAAUACAAUUGGGUUUUUUCUUAGGGGUGUCAAGAUGUUGAGUGCUUUUGGAGCAUGAUUCCUUGGUUUUGUCUAGUGGGAGUCUCUGCUUACUGUGAUCCUUUGGACCUUUUGACUUCAAUCUUGGUACGGAUGGGACAGGUGAGAUAGGCUAUGAGGCGCUGUGUGGUGUUCCUGCAUUGUCGGGCACACGGGCUAAGCUCUCGAUUGCCUGUCCGCCUGAAAUAUUUUGCCUCAGGUUGCGCUAUUGUUGAAUACUUUGCCUUGGGGUUUGCAUGUUUUUCGUCUUUAAUACUUGGGCUGUUGGUUGGCUUCUAUUUGCUUUUCUCUUUGUUUUGUUUUCUUUCCAAGACAGCCGGCGGGCAUGUUUAAAUGUUUUGUGUGUCGGCUACUUUUUUUUAUUACCUGAUGGUGACACAACCUAGGUAUCUCGAUAAAUUGAUGAGAUAGUUGUUUAACACAAAGUUGCCUUGUUAUUUUUGAC